UAGAUAAACUCUCUUGUAUGGUAGAAGUAAUAAUUACCACUGCGAAUACUCGUACAGAACAGAUCUGAAGAGACUGGUGCAGAUCUACUUCAGAGCGCUGAAAUCAACGACUUUGCGUUGAUCUCCACUGUAGCGACUUCAUCAUUUUCAGCGAACUGUCGAACAGAUACAAUCAUACUGCCAGCGGCAGUGAUUUGUUCCACAUAACAACAUGCCACAUUUGCACAGUGCACCCUGGCCUGCUGUGCACCGCAUGCGAUCGGCCUACAUAACAAUCGUGACCACUGACCAGUCAGUGUACGGAAAGUAAGUUUGAAACAGACACACUUUCAAUGUUACUGUAACUGUCACUUCUCAAAUCAACCGAUCAAGCGGGCCAUGCAGCAUGCUAGCAGCACAGCAGCGCGCUAGCGGAAGGCCGAUGAUAAUACUCUUGCUACAGUACAUGAUCGUAUUUUGGUUGAUCCCGUGCAUCCUUUCAGAAAUCCUUCCAAGACUCCAGUCCAGGUCCAGAGGCAGAGCUAGCUUGCCACUGCACUGGUCUCAAGACGUGCCUCAACACCUCGCCAGUAGGCUAUCCUAUACUCUAGUCGGACAGAUCACUGGACUAGCGCUAACAUUGCACGACCAGUCUUCACUUCAGCCUGUCCAAUAUCUAGGAUCAUGGCUACAAGUGCUGCAGUUAGUGAUACUGCUCCGCCCGACGCUAGUGGCGUAGAUCUACGUGAUCCCGAGAUAGCGGAUAUGCAGCUUCGCACUGGCUUCGCUUGCGGGGAGAGCAGCAAGAGGCGAGACGUGUCCGUCCUGCUCGUCACGGCCAAUGUUGGUUCUAUGUUCGAAAAGAGCACCAAGAUACUGCCGGAGUGGACUGCACAGUUCUGCCAUUUCGUAACGGAACAGCAGCCCGACUUCAUUGCACUCCAUUGUCAGGAGGUUGGCGGAAAGUUCCCCAUCGAGGCAACAAAGGUGGUGGCACACUUUGUUGAGUCAUUACUGAAGUGCAAAGAGCUGGGAUGCUUCACCCGUGUGCGUGGUUUCAUGGAUGAGGAGUACCAGUGCCCAGAACGCUUCACAGCACUGGGCAGCAUAUACUUAGCUCGUGACACUCUUCAUGACGUGGCGAUAUGGGACUUCACAGGACAGCGCUUUCAUCCAGUGGCCGGGCACGAGGUGGUUACGGAAGACCUUAUCAGGAAUUCGUACCAUAUCAAGGAGAAGUUUCCGUCGGAGUUUUCACCACACCGGCUCACUCGCAAGGGCUACAUCCUCACUCGCUGGUGCAUCAAUGAACAGGUUUUCAAUUUUUUAAAUGUCCAUCUCUACCAUGAUCCGAGCAAUUUAGUUUCCAUGGAAUCAUCACCAUCUGUCUACGCAAACAACCGCCAUAAGGCAAUGCUGUACGCUCUUCAAAGAUUCCAACGGCAUUCAUCCAAUCUGGAACCUACGUUUUUCUUCGGUGAUUUCAACUUCCGCUUGGACCUCCACCAACUGGUCUUUGACAUGUGCUCGUCAACGAAUAGGCAACUGCACCGCCACCUGGAAGGAGAGCAAGUCAUCUACUCGGAUUCCUCAUCUGGAGAGGUUGUACUGCAAAUGGCUCCUAAGGUCUUCCGAGUAGCUGACAAGGCCAUGUUUGAGGAGAACUUUGGCACUCUGCGUUCCUAUGACAAAGAAGCCGUGAAAAUAGGAGUGCACGAACAAGGCAUCGACUUCCAGCCAAGCUAUCCAUUGUCUGAAAGUGGUGAGGCUCGGCAGUACAUGGAAACAAGGUGCCCAGCUUGGUGUGACCGUGUGCUCUACAAUGAUGCUGCAAAGGACGUCUUGGACAAGGCUUGUCCUUCGUCCAUUACGUAUCACAUGGUCGGCAAUAACUGCUGCAUGGGGGAUCAUAAGCCCGUCUUCUUGCAGUUCAAGGUAGCAUUGCCUGUAACAAUGGCAGGAGUGCACCCAGACAAGUCAACCUCAGGGAGUGGAGCACUUGCUAACAGUGCACAUGCUCGGAGAGUAGCGGCCGGAGUGACGCUGGUCUUCGCCGUGCCCACGGUGCUGUUCAGGCUGGGUGUGUUGGCACCACGACCAGCCGGUCUUGUCAUUGCAGCUUGCCUGCCGAUCAUCGGCCUGCUGGCGCAUCAAGGCAUCAUUUGAAGUACAUGGCUAACCCAGCGCUUUCCCCGGCUCUUGUAGCUUUACACGUGCCAGCUAUAAGCGGUUUGGUAUACGGCAUGCCUUUUCUCUGCGGCAUCAUCUCGCUAAGUUCUGUCGUGACAUGAGUCAGCUUCAUGCAGGACGCUAGACCUACCAUAAUAGAACCCAUUCUGUAGAUAGUGAACCACUGUGACCCGCCGCAUUGGUCUCUACCCAACGUAGACCGUUGAGAGAUACUACGGUGGCCCUUGCAUUGGUAUGGUGGUAGAUAGUGAACCAUUGUGAAUCACAUGGCUCUACACCACAUCGGACCGUGUGGAGAUACCGGCGGUGCCCUUUGCAUUGGUGUGGUGCAAAGCGUGCUGCUCUAUAUGUACGCCGUGACACAAUUUGCAGCUCAGAAUCCACCGUCACUUUUCGACACCCUUGAUCAUGUGGUUCUGUGCCCAGGUUUGCACCUGUGGCUGCUAUAACUAGCAGUACAGUGAUGGCUCGUGAUGAAUGAGCUCCAGAUCAUUUCACUUUCAGGCGCAACAUCGUAUCAUCGCAUACUGAUCAGGCAAGAACCACGAUCAGUGGAAAUACAGUUUCUUUCCAGCUCCCCGACCAGGAAUAUUGAUAUGUUACAUGUACCGGUACAUGUGAAAUGUUCUCCGGUAUGAUUUGCUGAACUAGCCGAUGCUCUCCAGUUGAAUGAUCUGCUGCUUCAAAGUAACUUACUGGCGGUGUCAGUAUCCAGCAGUCUCCGAUCUCCGUAUUGGGCACACCCAGACAUCGUCAGCUGACAUAGCAUACCUGGCAUCCACUAGAGCCCCCCCCCCCCCCCCCCGUUUAGAUUCGCUGUCAACAUGCCCAGCCGACUAAGUUCUAGAGCAGUUACGACAGUUGUCAAUACCUGACAAUCAUUUCCAUGCUCGCGAUGCGGACUUGUCCAGAAUAUCGGCAUGCUGCCAUUCAGCUAGGGUGUACUCUUGUUGGAUCAUGAUUGACAGUAUUUCUGAUAUUUCGUACAUUGAACUGCAGCCCAUUCUCUCACAGGACUACAGUGACUGAGUCCAUUCAGAAAAAGAUGAGCGCUGGCUCUGGAGAGCUC